AGAGAAACUCAAAAGCAAAAGAUAAAAAUUAAUUGAUACGGUAUAAGUAAAUGAGUGAGAAUCAUGUGAUCCACCACCACCACCACCUCUCUCUUUGAACCUAUAGGGCCACAAUAAAUUUGUCCACCAAGAAACCAACCAUUUCCUUUUUUUUCUUUAACUCGUUUAUUUUUUAAUCAACAUAAAUUUUUGGGUAUUAGCUGGCGUUGAUAUUUCUCUUUUCUGUCUCUCUUUUGGGAGAGAUUUUUUUCUCUUGAGUUCUAUUUUGUAUUUGGUUGUUUCUUCGAUGGCUUCAAGUGCUUCAAGGUUUAUCAAGUGUGUGACAGUAGGAGAUGGGGCUGUAGGGAAGACUUGCAUGCUUAUUUGCUAUACCAAUAACAAGUUCCCUACUGAUUACAUACCCACUGUGUUUGAUAACUUCAGUGCAAAUGUGGUAGUUGAAGGAACCACUGUCAACUUAGGCCUCUGGGAUACAGCUGGACAAGAAGAUUAUAAUAGAUUAAGGCCCUUGAGCUACAGAGGGGCUGAUGUCUUUGUGGUGGCUUUCUCCUUAGUUAGCCGGGCAAGCUAUGAGAAUGUGCUUAAAAAGUGGAUUCCUGAGCUUCAGCAUUAUGCUCCGGGAGUUCCAGUAGUACUGGUUGGCACCAAAUUGGAUCUUCGUGAGGAUAAACAUUAUUUGGCUGAUCAUCCUGGGCUGGUAGCUGUAACCACUGCACAGGGAGAGGAACUCCGCAAACAGAUUGGCGCGGCAUAUUAUAUUGAAUGCAGCUCAAAAACUCAACAGAAUGUUAAGGCUGUUUUUGAUGCUGCAAUCAAAGUAGUUAUCAAACCAGCACAGAAACAAAAGGAAAAGAAGAAAAGGUCAAAUCGAGGAUGCCUAUUAGACAUCUUUUGUGGGAGGAGGCUUGUAUGUCUCAGAGGAAAUACAUACUCUUAGCAGCAAGUUAUCAUUUGCAUGUUUGACUCUGCCAAUAUACAGGUCAAGGGUUUCUUCAAGCUGCCUGGUUCCCGUGAGUUUGAUUUAGAAAGAAUCGGUUUUUGAUUGCAGUGAAGCUUCCUCUGAAUGUCACUUUGUGGCAGUUCACAUUGUCUAAUUUUAUGUUUUACUAACAUGGGAGAAGUAUACAUUAUGGCUACUUUGUAUGCUAGUUUAGAUGUAUGUAUUGGUUUUUGUAUCUCAACCGUGUUUUUCACACAUUCUUUCACCUUUUUGUAUGCUCUACAGAUUGUGUCCUGAUAUUUUGGUUGAACAGUAGCUAGAAUUUGGUGCUCUACUCUCUAA